GAUAUUGACGUUUAUACUAACCUACAAUCUGCUCCAUUUGAUUUUUUGGUCAACCAAAGGGCACAAACGUUCACGCUGUCGGCCUGCAUUUCAUAUUCUUCAUUUGCGUAAAAAAGUUUACUCGUCUUCGAUUUUUUCUUCAUUCAAGUAAUAAUCCAGAUAGCUGCUACAUUCCAUUAUAUUCUGAAGGGGUUCGACGAAACACGAACUCAUCAAAAAUGGACAACUUAUGGAAGAAGGAAACAGGGCGAGCUGAUUACGUCAAUCUUUUUUCAACUUCGAAAGAAUCAUCUGUCGACAUGUUUGUUGAACUACUUAAAAUGCAACAAACUCGAAAAGAUAAUCAGCAAUCAACCGAAUGGCGCUCGAAAGGAAACGAGUUUUUUCGACAAGAAAAUUGGGAGGAAUCAUUGAAAUGCUACAACAAAAGUUUGUGUUUUGCUGAAGUGGGCACCGAAAACGUGGCGUUAGCAUAUUCGAACCGAUCAGCAUGUUACUUUCAUUUAAGGUUGUACAAUCAAGUCUUGAUCGAUAUUGAACUCGCCAAAAAUGCGAAACUACCAGAUCGCCUGCUGCCGAAGCUGGAACAGCGCAAGAAUGAAAGUGAACUGAUGAAGCAACUGAUGCCGAUGUUUAAGCGUGAGGAAAAAUCCGAACCAAAACUAAGCUAUGAAGCUGACAAGAAUAUUCCGUGCAUGGCAAAUGUCGUGGAGAUAAAAUACAACGAAAAAUUCGGUCGUCAUCUGAUUGCUAAGUGCGAUAUUCCAGUUGGACAGACAGUUUUGGUGGAAAAUGACAUUCCUCGAAUCAGGGAUAAAACAUCGGUGUGUUAUACAUGUUAUCGAUUGCACUUGAAUUGUAUGGCUUGUCCAAACUGUCCCGAUGUUAUGUUCUGCGGCGUUGAUUGCAUGAAUCGCAAUGAAACACACAAAUUGGAGUGCGGCACAUUUUUUCCACACAUUCAGCUUGAAGGCAAAAUGGUAAUCAGAACACUAUUGUUGGCCAUCACCCGUUUUCUUGACGUGGACAAACUGAUGCAGUUUGUUGAAGGUGCCCUGCUAAAGAAGCCAGAAGCAUUGCCGACGUCAUUGAACGAUCCCAAGUCAAAGUAUCAUUUCUUCUUCAAACUUUCAACAUCAGCACCAUAUGCAGAAGCUCUAGACGAUGCACACCACUUUUAUAAGAUGGCCAUGAAUUUGCCAAAAGUCAGCAGUCUGUUUGAAAGUGCUCGAAAGAAGCGUUUCCUCAUGCAUUUGAUUGCACACCAUGCCGUUAUUACAAAAUGUAAUGCGAUUACAGCUGAAAGUCAAGUAUACGUGGCCAACGUUUCAUCAUUGUUGAAUCAUUCGUGUGCUCCGAACAUUAUGAGUCAUUGCGUCUCAAGCUUUGUAUACGGUGAGACAAAACGACCAAUCAAAAAGGGUGAGCAGCUUUUCUUCAAUUACUCAAUUACUUGGGCAUCAACGAUAUGUCGUUAAAUGAACGAAAAGCCGAAUUGAAUGCUUGGUGGGGAUUCGAUUGCAAAUGCGAAAAAUGCAAGCCAACACGGCCAUUAAUCGAUCGAGACGUGAUUAUAUCGGAUCCGUGUUACAAGUACGUGGUUGAAAAUCAAAACAAUGUUCGUGACAUUGAUGUCAUUCUGGAAAAAUGUAUUGCAUUCCUCAACAAAUACGGACAUUCGGCAUGGUCUUCGGAAUUGGAGUUGAUAUCCAAUAUUUAUGAAAAGACCUUAAUUAAGGCUUAUUUAAUUUAAUUUAAUACUUUUUCAUGUUUGAUUUCAUUGCCUCUUCUUAUUUCUAUCGCAUCAAUACGGUCGCUUCGUUAAGUAUCAAAUUAAGUGAAUGAAAAAAAAAAUGACAAGCAAACAAUGUCAAGAAAUGAGUCAACAUUUUCGAAAAUAUUCAGCAUGGAUCAAACUCUUUAAAAUUAAAUAAAGAAACAAAACAAAGUUGUACCAGUUUUGUAUUACAUGAAAAA